AUGCCAGCUAAGAAGAAAGAUCCACCAGACGGACGUAAUGUCCCUCCAAGUGCCAACACGAUGAACUUUGUGAACCCAGUUUAUCAGAAUCAGUGGCCUACACAAGCUCAAAUGCAACAAGCCCAAAUGGCAGCAGUGGCUGGCCACUUAGCAGGUUUAGAGAAUCCAAGAGUGCCUCCCGGACUUGUACGGGAAAACGGAGGACAACGUCAUGAUCAUCAUCAGAACCAGCUGCAGCAUCAGCAACAUAUUCAGCAACUUCAACAGAUUCACCAACAACAGCAGCUGCAGCAGCUGGAACAACAUCGCCAUCACCAUCUGCAGCAAAAAAAUUAUCGGGACCAACAACUUCAACAGGAGCACCAGCAGCAGCUUCAUCAACAGCAACAGAGGCAGCAAAAUCAGCCGAACCAGCAAACUCCACUGCAGCAACUACAACACCAGCUUGAUCGAAAAGUUCAAAACAAUCAAUCAAUAGGGUCAUCGUCAGGACUUGGUGACACGAUCAUCAAUAAAAUGGCUCGUGUAAGAACGCAAAACUUGCAAUCUACGCCACCGACAAAUGCUUCAAGACGUCAUAAUGAACCGACGGACCCUCGUCUUAAUGCAAUCCCUAUCGGUCGAAAAGAGACCGCUCCCCCAUGGACAGGAAACAAUGUCAGCAGACGUGGGCCACGAAAGACUUCUCAUCGGGCCUUAGAGAAUGAGGAGGUGAGUCGAAAAGGGAACCCAAAAACCUUUUAUUGA